UUUCUCUCCUCUCUCUCUUUCUCUCUCUCCCUUCUUGCUUUCCCAAUCUCUCUUUUCCCAUUUAGAGGUAUGAGUUCACAACCGCCGGCCAAAGUCACCACCGAGUGGGUCGCCACCGCCGCCACUUCUAGAAGCCAAAUCAUUCAGCUCAAAUUUGCUAAAACUGAUUGAAUCAGUCAACAGUAGCAUCCAAAUCUGAACAUGGUUCAUGGCCAUUUUGCUCUACAAAUUCGUAUCAUCUCCACAUACUGUUAGUUUCUGAAACUUUCAGUUGCCCCUUUAGAGUUAUGCUAAAAAGAUUGAAACUCUCAGAUCUUGGGCUCCAAGAUUUACAUUCACUGUGCAAAAACUGUUACGCAUUUUGCUCUUCUGGGGUUAAGGCAAGUCAUUGUGAGGCAGUCCUUAAUAACCAUGAGCCUGAGUCUGAAACAGAGUGGGAGAGCUUACUCAAACCUUUUGAUCUUGAAAAGCUCCGAAAAUCGCUCAAUUGGAUUUCCCCGAAUCAACUUCGUAAAUUGCUGGAGCUCCCUCUGGAUGUGUCGACAUCAGUUAAGCUAUUCCAAUGGGCAGGUACCCAGAAGGGCUAUUGCCAUUCCUUUGAUGUGUAUUGUGCUUUAAUCGAUAAACUUGGGGCAGCCAGGGAAUUUAAGGUCAUAGAUAGUUUGCUAUUGCAGAUGAAAGAAGAACAAAUAGUUUUUAAAGAAUCCCUUUUCAUUUUGAUCAUGAAAUAUUAUGGUAGAGCUGGUUUGCCUGGGCAAGCAACUUGGUUGCUUUUAGAUAUGAGGAGUCUUUUUUCUUGUGUACCCACUUUUAGGUCAUAUAAUGUUGUCCUGGAUAUACUGGUAGCUGGAAAUUGUCCGAAAGUUGCCCCAAAUGUUUUUUAUGAAAUGUUGAAUAAGGGUAUUUCUCCUACUGUUUACACUUUUGCUGUGGUAAUGAAAGCACUCUGUUCCAUAAAUGAGGAGGACACUGCAUGUUCACUACUUAGGGACAUGACCAAACAUGGAUGUGUACCCAAUUCUGUGGUUUACCAGACUCUUAUACAUGCUCUUUCCAAAGUUAAUAGAGUAAAUGAAGCAUUGAAACUUUUGGAGGAAAUGUUUCUGAUGGGCUGCACACCAGAUGUGAAUACCUUCAAUGAUGUUAUCCACUGCCUUUGCAAGGUCAAUCGGAUACAUGAGGCUGCAAAAUUGGUUGACCGGAUGCUUCUCCGUGGCUUCACUCCCAACUCUAUAACUUAUGGUGUUUUGAUGCAUGGGUUGUGCAGAAUGAGGCAAGUUGAUGAAGCAAAGGCAUUGUUGAACAGAGUGCCGGAGCCAAAUGUUGUCUUAUUUAAUACCUUAAUUGAUGGAUAUGUUAAAAAUGGACAGCUUGAUGCAGCAAAAGAUAUUUUGAAUGAAAGCAUGUUGAGUAUUGGCUGUUACCCAGAUGUUUAUACAUACAACAUACUUGUCAAUGGACUGUGUAAAACAUGGUCUUUGGUUUCAGCACUUGAAUUGGUGAAAGAGAUGGAAUCUAAGGGCUGUGAGCCUAAUGUGAUCACUUACACGAUUUUGAUUGAUGGAUUCUGCAAGGCUGGCCAGCUGAAGGAAGCUCGUCAUAUUUUGGAUGAAAUGUCAAUUAAGGGGAUCAGUCUGAAUACAGUGGGCUACAAUUGCCUAAUAUGUGCACUAUGUAAGGAUGGGAGUGUCCAUGAGGCUCUACACAUGUUCAGUGAUAUGUUGAGUGAAGGAUGUAAACCUGACAUAUUCACGUAUAAUUCAUUGAUAUAUGGGCUUUGCAAGGUCGAUCAGAUGGAAGAGGCCUUGGAAAGGUAUCAUGAUAUGUUACUGGAUGGUGUUAUUGCGAAUACCGUAACUUACAACACAUUGAUUCAUGCUUUUUUAAGGAAAGGUGCAACCCAAGAUGCACUUAAGCUUGUAAAUGAUAUGUUAUUUAGAGGCUGCCCCCUUGAUGAGAUAACUUCUAAUGGCAUAAUUACGGCAUUUUGCAAUGAAGGGGCUGUUGACAAAGCAUUAGGAUUCUUUGAGGAAAUGAUGAGGGAGGGGCUUGAUCCCCAUAUUAAAUCCUGUAAUAUUUUGAUAAAUCGCCUUUGUAGGACUGGGAAAGUACAGAAUGCGCUUGAUUUUUUAAGGGAUAUGAUUCAUCGAGGAUUGACACCAGAUAUAGUUACCUAUAACAGCCUAAUUAAUGGUCUAUGCAAAAUGGGUCAUGUUCGAGAAGCUCUUGACCUCUUUGACAAGUUACAAGAUGAAGGAAUUUCUCCUGAUGCUAUAACUUACAACACUUUGAUCAGUUCGCAGUGUAAACAGGGCAUGUUAGAUGAUGCCUGUGUACUUCUAAGCAGAGGUGUGGGAAAUGGUUUCAUACCUAAUGAUGUUACGUGGUAUAUAUUGGUCAGAAAUUUUGUUAAAGAGGGUGAUGAGGAGUGUUUCUGA